AUCAUCAGAGUGUCCUUGGCAACGAAUCCAGAGAAAUGGCAGCCCGUUUUAUAAUCAGUGCACUUUUGCUGGCCACUCCGGCUGUUUGGGGCAAGCCCACUUUUGGACGCGAGCAUGUCCACAUCCGUAUCCACCUACCUGAAAGCGGUGGUGAUCAUGGCGAUCAUGGCGGCCACGGAGGCGGUGAUUUUGGAGGCCAUGGAGGCGGUGGCUACGAAAUUCACUCCCAUGAUGGGGGCUACAGUGGCGGAGGAGGAGGCGGUGGUCAUGUGAAUACCUACGCCGUCAUUACCGAGAACCAUGGAUACAGCGGUGGCGGUGGAGGAGGCCACGGCUCCGGCGGUUAUAGCUCCGGCGGUUACAGCUCCGGAGGCUACAGUUCCGGUCACGAUGAUGCCAAGAUUGCAGCCAUCGCAGCUGCUGCUGGUUCGUCCUCCGAUCACGGACAUGGCCACGGUGGCAACGGAGGAGAUUACGGUGGCCAUGCCAUCGCCAACAUUGCAGCUAUCGCAGCUAGCUCGGACUCCUCUGCCCACGGUGGUAGCGGCGGAUACGGAGGUUACAGUGGUGGCGGACACAGCGGCGGAGGACAUGACACCCAAGUAAUUGUCGCAGCUGCCGCUGCAGGUGAUUCCCACGGCUCUUCCGGUGGAUACAGCGGUGGUUCUUCGGGCGGAUACAGCGGGGGCUCCUCUGGCGGAUACAGUGGUGGCUAUUCCGGUGGCUCCUCGUACAGCGGCGGCUCCUCCUACUCAGGAGGCUCCUCCUACAGCUCCGGAGGAUACAGCGGUGGACAUGGCGGUGGCUACAGCAGCGGCGGAGGAUCCAGCUACGACACUCAGGUGGUAGCUGCCGCAGCUGCAUCUGGCAGCGGUGGUUCCUACGGCGGAUCUUCCGGUGGAGGCGGUGACGGAUACAGCUACUCGGCGCCAGCUUCUGGCGGCUGGGCAGGAUCCAGCUCCAACUGGAAAUAGGCGGCAAUGUCCGACCUAGGCCAUCUGGUCGUCUAGUCUACUGCUCACGCCCCACAGCUCACUCCAUCCACGGAACUUUUAACUUAUAUACGACUCGUUCGCUCAUCCAUAUUCCACACAUCCUCACACGAUGCUGAUGUACAAAAUAAACCAUGUUAGUGUAAUAA